AGUAUAAAUAAAAACCCACCAGACGGAUGUAACUCAAAGAGAAUUUUUUUUUUACUCAACGCAGCAUCACCAAACAGAACUCAUUUGCUUAAACAAGUGAAGAAAGGGUGGCAAAAUGUCUGCCUGGAUCAACACGAUGAACAUUUUUACCUGCAGUGUAAUGAUUUUCGUCUCACAAGUGGUCUGUACACAAGCAACCCAAAGUGUCAACUAUAGUGAUGGAGAAUUGCUUGUAAAGUAUGAGAUUUUCAAUACACCAAUGUCUUGGCAUAACGCAGAGAAAUUCUGCUCGAAUUUCACUAGGAAAAGGUCUCUGGCAAAAGUUUCUUCACUUGAAGAGAUGAAUUUGCUAAAUUCUCAAAGGACUUUUGGACGAAGUUUAUGGCUUGGCGCUAAUGACAUAUUAGAAGAAGGCAAAUGGAUGUGGACAGACGGUACAAAGGUUGAUAUGACGUCAUUGUGGGAUCGUAAUGAACCUAACGAUGAGUUCGGAAGAGAAGACUGUCUUCUGAUAAAUUAUGGAGGGGGUUUCAAUGACGUUCCUUGUUAUAUGUCUCUAACAUUUGCUUGCAUGGAGUUUAAUGAGACAACAAUGCAACCAGAAACUACGGUAACAUCCGCACCAUUGAAAGAGUUGGAUGAAUUUCUUAUAGAUCAAGAUCAUGACUUACAUACAACGCUAGAGGUGCCAAAUGCUGGUAACAUUUCUUUCAAUAAACAUAACUCUGUAUAUGUCAAUGACUCACACACGUUGGCAGCCUUGACGUCACCGCCAUCGACCGUGACUGAUGAAUCAACUGCCAAAGAAUCACCCACAGACAGAUUCAUACAAAGCAGAAACAGCUCAUUUAUAGACAGGAUACCAAAACCGUUGAAUGUUCCAUUGAACAAAGUCGUUUUUUCUAAUGACAAGCUUUUCAAAUACGAGAUCUUCCAUACACCAAUGUCUUGGGAUAACGCAGAGAAAUUCUGCUCGAAUUUUACUAGAAGAAGGACCCUGGCCAAAGUUUCUUCAGAAGAAGAGUUGGUUUUACUAAAUUCUAUACGUGAAAAUCAAAUAUGGCUUGGUGCUAAUGACAUAUUAAAAGAAGGCAAAUGGGUGUGGACAGAUGGGACAAACGUUGAUAUGAGGUCAAUGUGGAAUUAUAAUGAACCAAAUGACCUGUUUGGAAAUGAAGACUGCCUUGUACUAAAUUACGGAUGGACAUUCAAUGACGUUCCUUGUCAUUUAUCUUUCGAAUUCGCUUGCAUGGAGUUCAAUGAGACAACAAUGCAACCAGAAACUACGCCAUCAACAACGGUAACAUCCGCACCAUUGAAAGAGUUGGAUGAAUUUUUUAUAGAUCAAGAUCAUGACUUACAUACAACGCUAGAAGUGCCAAAUGCUGCAGCCUCAACAUCGUCGCCAUCGACCGUGACUGACGAAUCCCAUGCCAGAGAAACACCCGCAGACAGAUUCAAUCAAAGCAGAAACAGCUCAUUUAUAGACAGGAUACCAAAACCGUUGGAUGUUCCAUUGAACAAAGUCGCUGUUUCUAAUGACAAGCUUUUCAAAUACGAGAUCUUCCAUACACCAAUGUCUUGGGAUAACGCAGAGAAAUUCUGCUCAAAUUUUACUAGAAAAAGGACCCUGGCAAAAGUUUCUUCACAAGAAGAGUUGAAUUUACUGAAUUCUAUACGUACAAACCAACUAUGGCUUGGCGCUAAUGACAUAUUACAAGAAGGCAAAUGGGUGUGGACAGAUGGCACAAACGUUGAUAUGACGUCAUUAUGGGAUCUUGAUGAGCCCAAUGAUCAGUUUGGAAACGAAGACUGCCUUCUGAUAAACUAUAGAGGGACGUUCAAUGACGUUCCUUGUGAUAUGCCUCUGGAAUUCGCCUGCAUGGAGUUAAAUGAUCAACCCAGAAAGAUCGCAUUUACAAUUGGGUUAUCUAAAACGUUGGAUGUUCUGUUGAAAGAUGUCAUAAUUUACAAUAAAGUUGUAUCAGAUAUUGGAGGCAACUACGAUAGCAGCACUGGUGUUUUUAAAUGCCUCACAGCUGGCGUGUAUUUUUUCCAAAUUCACGGCGCUGCUGGCAAAGGGAAAGAACUGAGCCUGUCUCUGAUGAAGAACAAAAACAAAGUUGCUUCCCUGUACAGUAAUACAAAACAAGAGCUGUCCCUUGCAGCUAACUCGGCAGUGCUGCUGUUGGAGGCUGGUGAUGAGGUGUACGUUGAAUCUUCCAACUGUGGCAGUCUGUACGGAGAAGAGCAUCACGUGAUCAACACUUUCUCUGGUUUCCUGCUGGACUAGUCCGUCGUCGGUGCUUAAACAUUGCUAGGAUUUUAUCUCCUUUAAAAAUCUCACCGCUGUUUUCUGUGUAAUCAACUGGCUUUAAAAAAAAUGCUCACGCUUGCACGCUUUAAGUAAUAAAAACACACACACACGUACCAAAAUAAAAUACUUGGAGUUGUAUUGAGUUAUUUGUUAUUAUGAUUAUACACAUAAACUCUACUUCCUCUGCCUGUAAGAGAUUGUUGCCUUUUUAUACAUCGAUUUCUGU